AUGUCCUUCCAAAGCUUUAUCCAGUCCCGCUGUAUCUUCCUGCAGUUUAAGCUCAUGUACACGGGGGUGUCAGCACCUAACGAGGCCGCGGUUCAUUUGGCAAUCACUUCGGAGCUUCGAAAACUCGGGAACGUCCUGUACGCCAAGGGGAACGCCGUAAACUGGCGGCGCACUUUAAAUCGUUCCUCUCCCAAAAUUGACCUAGUUAUGUCCAGCAGUAAUUUAGCUGCCCUAGCCACUGUUCUGUUCAACGUACGUGGUUUCACUGUCCCUGAUCCAGAUGACGAUUACAAGGUGCCCGGGGCUUUCUUCUCUCUCAACGACUCUACAGCGCUCGAGGGAUUACAUAAAGAGCUACAACAGCAUUGGCACCGCAACAGUCAGGCUCCACAAAGAGGACUGAGCCCUUUUGUAGCACUUGGCCCCUGGACCUUCGAGAACAAACAAUCGGACACUGUGAAGGUUCCGGUUCACGCUCCCUCGGACUAUGAAGCUAAAUCUCUUUGGCCUCUGAAUAGCCGUCAUAAUUUGCGAGAAAGCCGAUUUUUUGAUUGGGAUGGUAACUCUCGCACGAGCGGUGAUGGUGGUAUCGAAGACGCAACGCAACGAAUCAGACAGGAAAGUGGAGAGCGAGAUCAGUUCUUUCGUUUCGCUGCGGAGAAGUUAGGUCCUCGGCGACACGUUUAUCUAGAGCCGACACUGUUCCCUAACCCAGAAGCGCUAACGCCAGAUCUACGAAGUUGGCUAAGUGGUUCGACUGAUAAAUCGGACUCCGGCUUGGAAUUGACGAAGAAGGAAGGCAAGAGGCUUGAAUUUCUCCUACACGGGCUGAAGGGAUUCGGUAAUGAUUAA